GGAUACAACAUAACGACGAUGAUGAUAAGAGGGACUCUUGUGUAGGCCGUUUAUAGAUAAUUGUGUGUGUGUUUAGAUGGGUUUAACCUGCACUACUCUCCCUAUCCAAGCAACAUAAUGAAGAUACAACUCUUCGAACAGCUUAAGAAAUGCUAAACAGGGCCAAACAGGUGAUCAAGCAACAGGACAAAAAGAAACCGGGGAGGAGGGAUGGGGAGGAGGGAUGGGGAGGAGGGGCAGGUGAGCGUCACGGUGAGUUGACUCUGGCUUUAGUUGUUGCUGGCUUUCGUCACUGCAGCGUGGCAUGCAGAAGGACAGCGGCAGCUCCCGGGCCAUAUGAUCUGUUCCAGCUCUGCAGCAGCCAGCAGCACCGAGCGGGACUCAGGGAUGAUCCUGCAACAGAUGGCAGAAGUGUGAGACAACGACGAAUGGCUUCCACAGGGAGUGGCCUCCGCAUCCGGGGGGAUGACAACCUCCAGUCCAUGCUGGUGGGGACGGUAAUGAGGAAAAUCAAGUCUCGUACCUGGAAGAAGCAGCGAUACUUCAAAUUGCAGGACGACUGCAUGACCAUCUGGUAUAAGUCCAAGAAAGCUGGCAACACCCACUCCACAUUUUCAGUGAGUGAUGUGGAGGCAAUACGAGAGGGCCAUCAGUCUGAGGUGCUGCUCAGCAUUGCUGAUGAGUUCCCAGCAGACCGAUGCUUCACGCUGGUCUUCCGUGGUCGCAGGGGCAACCUGGACCUGGUGGCUGAGUCAGCCGAGGAAGCACAGUCCUGGAUCAGAGGCAUGAGGAAGCUGAUUGAGAACCUGGAGAACAUGGGGGAGCGAGAGAAACUAGAUCAAUGGAUUGGUGACUGGUUCAAGAAGGCAGACAAGAACAACGAUGGCAGGAUGAACUUCAAGGAAGUGCGAGAUUUACUGAAGAUGAUGAAUGUGGACAUGAACGAGCAUCACGCUUAUCGUCUCUUCACAAUGGCUGAUAAGUCCCAGUCAGGUACACUGGAGGAUGACGAGUUUGUGCUCUUCUACAAGAUGUUGACCCAGCGGGAGGAUGUACUGAGGGUUUUCCAGGAGUACUCAGUUGAUGGCCAGAAGUUAUCUCAAAGCGACUUGGAGGACUUCCUGAGAGAGGAGCAGUUGGACGGGGAUGACAUCCAGCAGCAUGCCAAGCAGCUCAUUGAGCGCUAUGAGCCCUCUGACACAGCCAAGCUGCUGAAUGCCAUGACAUUUGAUGGCUUCUUGAUGUACCUUGGCUCAGCUGAGGGCUCCAUCUUCAAUCCACAGCGGCGGGGAGUCUUCCAGGACAUGAGCCAGCCGUUGUGCCAUUACUUCAUCUCCUCCUCCCACAACACGUACCUGAUGGAGGACCAGCUCCGAGGACAGAGCAGUGUGGAGGGAUACAUCAGAGCUCUGAGUCGUGGCUGCCGGUGUGUGGAAGUAGACUGCUGGGAUGGUGCCAAUGGAGAGCCCAUCGUCUAUCAUGGACACACUUUCACCUCCAAAAUACUCUUCAAGGAUGUGGUCAAUGCAGUGGGCAACUAUGCAUUUAAGGUAUCGGAAUAUCCAGUCAUCCUGUCCAUUGAGAACCAUUGCAGUAUUGAGCAACAGAAAGUCAUGGCCCAACACCUCAACCACAUCCUUGGUGACAAGUUGCUGAAAAGCACAUUGGACGGCAAGGCCCCCAUUGGGCUGCCGUCUCCUGAGGAUCUUAAGGGGAAGAUUCUGCUGAAGGCGAAGAAAAUCGGCGGUCUGGAGGAGAGUUUCAAUGGGAUGGUGGAAGACUCUCUGACUGGAGAGGUCAGUGAUGAAGACGAUGUGGCUGAAAUCGACGAAGAUAACCUUCACUGUGAGAGUGUCCGUCGCAGGGUUAAGAGGUCAAAGCAGCGUAUGUCCAAGGAGCUAUCAGACUGUGUUGUUUACUGCAAAAGCGUCCACUUUAGUAGCUUCAAACACUCCCGCAUCCACUCCAAGUUCUAUGAGGUAGCCUCUUUCACAGAGUCCAAAGCACGCAAACACCUGAGAGAGGCUGGGGCUGAGUUUGUGCACCAUAACUCACGUCAGCUGACCAGGGUUUAUCCCAGUGGCUUCCGAACUGACUCCUCCAAUUUCAAUCCUCAGGAAAUGUGGAAUGCUGGGUGCCAAAUCGUUGCAUUGAAUUUCCAGACUGCUGGGGAAGGGAUGGACCUGAACGACGGACUGUUUAGGCAGAAUGGCAGCUGUGGCUACGUCCUAAAGCCCAGUUUAAUGAGUGAGGCCGAGAAAAGAUUUGACCCUGAGACCCCCCAAAAACAGGAUGGCUACCAACCUGUCGUCCUCACCAUACAGGUGAUCAGUGGUCAGCAGCUGCCCAAAGUAAACAUCAAAGAAGAUUCUAUAGUGGAUCCUCUGGUUAGAGUGGAGAUCCAUGGUGUUCCUAUGGACCAGGCCAAGCAGGAGACCAGAUACAUUGAGAACAAUGGGUUCAACCCUGUGUGGUAUGACACACUGCGCUUCACCAUCCACACUCCUGAGCUGGCCAUGGUGCGCUUUGUAGUGGAAGACUAUGACAAGACAUCGAAAAAUGACUUUGUGGGGCAGUAUACACUUCCUCUCAGCUGCAUGCAGCAAGGUUAUCGUCACAUUCACCUUUUGUCCAAAGAUGGAACCAGUAUUCCUCCCUCCUCCUUAUUUGUACACAUCAGGAUCACAGAAUUGGAAUAAACCUUCUUCACUUUCCUAAUACACCAGAGGUAUUAGAAAGAACAUCCUCGCACGUACUAUUUAGUGAUGAGAGUAGAAUCCUUCCUUCCUAUAGAAAAUACUUGUAGUUCCUAAAAUAGUAUUUUAUAUUAUUAUUAUUUGAUGUGAAUAAAUACUACGCCAAAUGUUUAGUGGUUCUUAGGCAGCAGUUGUAUAAUAGUAAUGCAUGUUUUUAGUUUUGUUCACUAUAGUGUGUCUAACUUGUUCCUGUGAUUGACUUGAACUUUGCUGCUCAUGUUUGGUGUACUGUGUCUGUAGCACAAAUAUUGUUUCUGCUAAAAUAUUGUGUUGUGGAGAAGAAUGUGCCACCCAUGUAUUUGGAUCAGGAUGUAUAUUUUCUGUUAGUAUGUUCUUUUAAUGAACAGCACUUCAUGGACACUGUCUGAUCGCUGCAGUCCACAGCUUUCACUUUGGUCAACAUGCAAAACUUGAAAACAAUUCUCUUCCAGCUACACAGAUAGAACAGUAGUUACCUGUUUGGACAUUUUAAAGGGGAUACAGUGUUUUUACCAGCAAGAACUAAUACAGUGAUAAAAACAUUUCAAAAACAGUUCUACAAUUUGAGAUUUUGACUUAUUUCAUUAGCAAACAAACAAGCACAGAUUUAACCAAUUCAACCUUCUCCAACAAUAUGAGAGUCAUGUGACAUUAGUGGUGUGUAGCCAUUUCCUGAAUACUGACUAGGACUGCAACUAACCAUUAUUUUCAUUAUCGAUAAAGUUCUUCUUUUUUUUUUUUAAAGCGAUCUAUUGUUUGGCCUACAGAAUGUCAGAAAACAGUAAAAUGUCCAUCGAUAUUUCCAAAAGCCCAAGGUGAUGUCUUCAAAUGAAUGAGCUAAUCAAUGAGCUAUCACAUGAGAGAAGGAAAAGCAUCAGAUCCUCACAAAUGAGAAGCUGGAACUAGAGAAUGUGGCAUUUCUGCUUGAAGAAUUAUUGAAAAGAUUCAUUGAUGAUCAAAAUACUUCCUGAUUAUUUUUCUGUCAAUGGACUAAUCAAUUAAUCAAACAGUUGUUUCAGCUCUACUGCUGGAACAACUGGACAUUUUAACAUUUUAAAUUUAGACACUGAUACUAAUAUAUCUGUGAUAAGCUAAAAUCAGCUGAUAAUAUCAGCCAUGCUGAUAAAUUGCUCAGGCUGUAUUAUACAGAUAUAUAAGCACUCAAAGAGCACAUAUGUCUGCCAAAGCUGCACAGAUAUCAUUUCAGAAAUUAAUGUCUUGGUGAGCUCAUAGUGAAACAGGACAGACAGAACAUUCAACACAACAUACUAAUAAAAAAAACAAUAUUCAUAUACAUAAGAACAAAUUAGAAUACACAAAGUACCAUGAAUAUAAAAGAUAAGCGAACAUCAACGCUAGUGUUUGCAAUUCAGAAGUCAAAUUACCUGUUUAGGUUAGUAGAUAUUAAAAUAUGCAAAACACAGCAGCACAUAUAAUUGCAAAGACAACCAUUAACUAAAAAGAAAAGAAACUUAAAUGUACCUUUUUGUUCUUCACCAAGUUGUUCCUGGUGUUCACCGAGGAACACCAAGUUUCCAUCAUUGAAAUCUGUUCACAGGUUUAAGGGAUAUCCUGCGAACUAACGAGCUACAACAACAAGAAAAAAUCUUUGUUGGUAAAAGACAGUAAAUAAGGAUCUGCAGCAGAUGGAACCUUUUUUUUUAAUUUAUUAAUUGUGGAUGGUGGUGCCAUGGCCCUGGUAACUUCCAAAAUUUUGGAAAGAAAAUUGACAGUAUAGUGUUCAUUGGCACACACCUUUGAUUUACUCUGAGAACAAAAUGGAUAUAUGUGCACUGUCUAUAGUACAUGAGUUUAUAGUUUACAGUUCAUAGUCUUAGUAUAUAAUAUGGAAUUGGGACCCAGUGUAGGAAUGAAAGUAGAGAUUCUACUGAUUUAGUAGAAUCAGCAGAAUCUGUACGUGUCCCCAGAUGUAUCUCAUAAGGUUAAAUAUAAUUAUUUAUACUUAUUUUCAGAACAGAAUUUGAAAUGAGGUGUCCCACCACAAAUGGAAUGGAAUUGUAAUGAAUGAAUUGUAAUUUUAUAAGUCACAGUUUUUUUUAUGUGAUCAAAUAAACUUUUUAGAUUUGUCAUACCAAAUCAAUCAAAUUAAUAAAAAAAACAAAGGUAGGUAUACCAAAUUCAAAUCUGAUACUUUCCAAAUCUAAACCAAGACACUGUGACAUCAUUACGGAUUCUUUUCAUAAUCUUUAUUAAUUUAGGGAAGGUGUGCUUCAUCUCGGCAACACUUCACUUUCACUGUCUUACAUUUACGCUUGAAAUUCCCAUCGCAACCACAUCUUUGAGCAGCUGCAGUGGGGCAACUGGAGGUCGAAGGUCAAGGGCAUUAUGACACCUCCCAGUGUUCCCAGUCAGAUCAGAGAGUUCAAGAGAUUUGACCUGUGGCUGCUUUUCUGCUCUUCCCAUUAACAUCACAUUUUUCUGCAUGUCGUUCUUUUAUAUAUGGCAAAAGUGAUCAUAGUUAAGCUUGAUUUGCUUGAAUAACAGGAUUAUCUUAUAAAUAUCAAGCUAAAGAGUAACGGCUGAAAUCAGAAAUUAGUACUCAUGAGUAGUCUUGUGUCAUCUGAUGUUAUUUUUGUGGUAUGCACAUAUAACCCAUUUGUGUAAAUGUGUUUUGAUAUGUCUAUUUUUGUAUACACCGAAACAUUCAUAUGUACUGUGCAAUUUAUUUGCUUGUUUUUUAUUGUAGAAGACCUCAUAUUCAUUUGCCACAUCUACCUGCAAAUAAAUAUGAUUUUCACUUA